AAGCAGAAUGAGGGCGGUGUUCGCAGUAGUUUUCCUGAUGCUCUCCGCUCGAGUGCAGCCGCUUCCUUUGCAUUCACGGUACCCUGCGUCACGGAAUCGAAUCUCUUGGCAGAAGAAGAGUGUGAGUGAGGAGAGCGAGUUACUCUGGGGUCACCAGUGCUCCCCGCGCCUCGCCUGGCUUCACCCUCAACAGGAUGCGAGACUGCAGUGUGAAAUAUUCGGCCCCUCUGGCACCGUCCUCACCUGGUACAAGGACCAGGUAGCUAUCAGCCCUGAGAUGGAGUCGGUGGAGGAGUCGACCAACAGCGUGUCUUGGAAGGACAAGACCCUCCGUUCGACUCCCAGCGGCGUGUCCAAAGUCAGGGUCAAGUCCACGGUGUACAUCGACUGUGCCAGUACUGAGGACAUAGGAGAAUACAGCCUGAAGGUACAAACACCAGAUCACCAAGUGUUUACGAGGAAUUUCACCUUAACUUUUGCAGACGAGAGCGCGAACCCAGGACCAACAUGUGGGAUUGGCAAGGACCUCGUGACUUACCUGCCGAGGAUCUACCAGUAUGCGCCGCAAGCCCUGGCAUACAGCGGCCACGACAUCACCCUGCCCUGCCGCCAGCAAGGUCGCGACUCUGCUGUGACCUGGUAUUUGCGCAAUUCUCCCCUGCCUCGAAAUUCCUCCAAGUACCUGGUACUCUCCAACGGCGACCUGGUUGUAAGGCGAGUCACUGUUCAGGACCGAGGGAUGUACAAGUGCAGAGCCGCUAGUACCCUUGUUCACGGCCUUUCUGACCAGAUCCGCACUUUCCUCUAUCCGAUGCUAUAGUUUGUCUGCAGGAACCCGCCGCUUCCCCUGCGCCCCUAACCUCGAACCCGCACCAGAGGAGCAACCUAGUUUUCCCAGGAAGUUGAUGGAGAUUGUCGUGUCCGAUUCCCCGUGUCGGCUUGCAAGAUCUUAUAAAUAUACGGAAAGCAUGCCUAAGAUUGCAUGUAGUACGCACACCACGCUGUAUCUGUGUGUGUGCUUUAACACUAUUUUGAAAUUGUUUGACGCGAGAAAUACCAAAAAUAGUAAUGUCUAACACGUAGAGGUGACAAGAUAUUAAAUGCAUUGUAUGUAUUGUGCUAUUUAUGAAAUUAUAUGCCUCGAUGAUUUGAAGUUGAAAAAGUUGAAAAUAUUAGUAACAAGCAUAAUGCGGGAAAAAAUUAUGAUAUAAAUGAUAAUUUAUCUGCAAGAAGAGGAAGAUAAAAACAGAAAUGCGACAGAAAUAAUCAGUCUAGAAUUGAAAAAUCACGAGACAAUACUUCGCAGCUGCAUUCACGGGAAAACUCAUAUGGCUUCUCGAAAUGAAGAAUAUUUGCCAUAAUUAACUUUAUUGCACAGUUGAUGUUAUUUCAACAU